AUGCCAUGCGAUAGGCGUCCCUACCAGGAGGAAUAAACGAUAGGACGGCGAUAGGAACACCAGGGAUGCGCUGUUUACUGCUUCAGUUCGGAGUGAGGGCGUGGAGUAGGCCGGUUCUGUCGAUUAGCAGACAAGUCAGGUUGAUCCCGUGCCGAAAUAUGUGGGACGGAUGGGAGAAGGAACAGUACCCACCCUUGGUUACUGCCAAGUGGCUGCACGAAUAUGUCGAUGCCAACAAGGACAACCUGGGUGAUUCUAAAGUCCGGAUUCUUGACGGCUCUUGGCACUUGCCAUUCACUGGGCGCAAAGGUUUGGUGGAAUGGAGGACGGACCACAUUCCUGGCUCGUUCUUUUUCGAUCUCGAUGAUUGCGCGGAUAAAUCUGAUCCGGCGGCGGAGCACAUGAUGCCGUCUGCUGAACAAUUUGAAGAAUACGUCGGGAAAUUAGGAAUAAAUAAUGACUCCCAUGUGGUUGUCUAUGACAAUAAUUAUACUUUCGGGAUGUUUUCUGCCCCAAGAGUUUGGUUUAUGUUCAAAGUUUUCGGCCAUGACCGUGUCUCUAUCUUAGAUGGAGGACUACCGGCUUGGAUGGAUAAAACAAAUAUGUUAGUAACGGAUGAUGUCCCAACAAUAAAACCUGAGACAUUUAAAGCUAAUUUUCGGCCAGAGAUGGUGAAAAGUUUUGAAGAUGUCGAGACAAGUAUUCGAGAGAAGGAGGAUGAUCCGGAUAAAGUGUUUCAGCUCGUCGAUGCCAGGCCUGCCGGAAGGUUCAAUGGAACCGCGCCAGAGCCACGAAUAGGUAUAAAACCCGGCCACGUCCUUGGAGCGCAAAAUAUCCCAUUCAGCUUCCUAAUGAACGCAACUACAAAAAGAGUCAAAGGAACCAAGGAGUCGUUAGAGAAGAUAUUUGAAGGUGUCAUGCUUUACAAGCCCGUCACAGUUAUGUGCGGAUCAGGAGUAACCGCCUGCAACUUAGCCUUCGCCCUGCAUCUUCUGAAAGUGAAGGAUGUAUCUCUGUACGAUGGAAGUUGGAUGGAGUGGUUUCAGCGAGCCAAGCAUGACAUGAAAGUUCUCAAGAAAUAACAGACGCCGGAGUCAAGGGAAAAUACAUGAACUGCUAUCAUAAGCCUGCAGUAUGAGCUCUAUAGGAUAGUUAACCGGCAAGGAAGCAGUAUGUCUACCUUGCCCCGUGUACUGAAACUUGUUAGACUCUUCCAUGCAAUGAUCUCUGAACAGCUCAGUCAGCUGAAACUGGUUUGCCAGAGAAACACCACAUAGGUAACCACAACAGUAAAGGCAUCAUACCAGCUGCUGGAGGUACAGUUAUAGUCAAAAGAAACAUAGCGUACAGUGAUACCGAUACUUGAUACUGAAUGAACAAGAACUCAAUCUUAUUCUACUUUUGUAAUGACGUCACGAUAACUCUCAUUCUUCUUGCAUUUAAGCCCAUUUCCUUUUUGAUAUUCGGACGAAUGUAAUACUGGUACUUAUCAUUGUUAACAUCAGUCAUGUAAAUUUCGUUAUUAAAUCGUUGUCCAUGUUGA